AUGUCCGAUUCUCUCGACGUUGUAGAUAUAACGAAAUUGAAUGCCCUUGCCGCUGGGACUAACAAGAAAAAUCCCAGAAUUGUGGCUGCUGGGCUCGGUGGUGUACUUAUGGGUACAAAAUCGUUGGUAGAUGUUACUGCUGAACAAAUAACGGAAGACUCUUCUUCUGACUUGCUUGAAAAGGAUAGAAGAGAAGCUGCAAAAUAUGCUAAGACAAAACACAUAUCGGAAAAACCUUGGACUUUGUCUAACUGGCAUGAAAAAAUUAACUGGUUAAACAUGAUUUUGGUGGUGAUGAUCCCAGUGCUCGGACUUUUCGCGGCAGUGUACCACCCUCCUCAAUGGAAGACUGCCAUCUUGGGUCUCAUCUUAUAUAUUUUUUCCGGAUUGUCUAUCACUGCAGGUUACCAUAGAUUGUAUGCGCAUAAGGCCUAUGACGCAGCAUUACCUGUUAGACUCUUCUAUGCAUUUUUCGGAGCCGGAGCAGUUGAAGGUUCCAUCAAAUGGUGGAGUCAUUCUCACAGAGUUCACCAUAGAUACACAGAUACUCCAAGAGAUCCAUACGACGCCAGAAAUGGGUUGUUCUACUCGCAUAUUGGAUGGAUGUUACUUAAGGCUAAUCCAAAGAAUAGAGCUAGAGCUGACAUUUCUGACUUGACUCUGGAUUGGGUUGUCAGAUUCCAACAUAGACAUUACUUGACCUUAAUGGUUUUGAUGGCUCUCGUAGUGCCAACUUUAGUUGCAGGACUCGGUUGGGGUGAUUACUGGGGUGGUUUCAUCUAUGGAGGUAUCUUGAAGACGUUUGUCAUUCAACAAGCUACCUUCUGUGUCAACUCGUUGGCUCAUUGGAUUGGUAUUCAACCAUUUGACGAUAGAAGAACUCCAAGAGAUCACGUUUUGACUGCCUUGGUCACAUUUGGUGAAGGUUACCAUAACUUCCAUCACGAAUUCCCAUCUGACUACAGAAACGCCUUAAAGUGGUACCAAUACGAUCCAACCAAGAUUGUUAUUUGGUGCUUAUCCAAGGUUGGCUUAGCAUGGAACUUGAAGACCUUUUCUCAAAAUGCCAUUGACCAAGGUUUAGUUCAACAACAACAGAAGAAGAUUGACAUGAUGAAGGCCAAGUUGAACUGGGGUACUAAUUUGGAUAAAUUACCAGUUUGGGACAGAGAAGAAUUCAACUCCAAGGCAAAGGCUGAAGGAUUGAUCAUCAUCUCUGGUAUAAUUCACAACGUCAAGGCAUUCAUUAAGGAACACCCUGGUGGUCAAGCUCUUGUUAGAGCUUCCCUUGGUAAAGAUGCAACCAAAGCUUUCAAUGGUGCUGUGUAUGCGCACUCCAAUGCGGCUCACAACAUGCUUGGAACGAUGAGAGUGGCCGUAUUGAAGGAUAGUGAUGCUAACUCAAAUACCUUUGCAGUUCAACAAGAUUUCUUAGAUAAGGAAAAGACUGAAUAG